AAAAUUGAGUACCCCUAUAUUGAAGGUCCUUCGACACACAACUGCUUUCUCCGACAGCAUUCUCGGCAAUGGCGGAUUACGAUAACUACGAUGACCGGGAUCGGGCUUACGGUAGUUUUGGUGGAGGCAGAGGAGGUGGCAGUGGACCUGGUGGACCCCGCAAGCAGAAGGAUCUACCCACAGAGCCCCCAUACACAGCGUACGUGGGCAACCUGCCCUUCAACACAGUGCAAGGAGACAUAGACGCCAUUUUCAAAGACCUCAACGUCAGGAGCGUUCGACUAGUUAGAGACAAAGAAACAGACAAAUUUAAAGGUUUUUGUUAUGUGGAGUUUGAUGACUUGGAAUCCCUUAAAGAAGCUUUGACGUAUGAUGGUGCUCUCCUUGGAGACCGGUCACUCAGGGUUGACAUAGCAGAGGGCCGAAAACAAGAGAGGGGCGCCGGAGGAUUCGGCUUCCGGGGGAAUGACAGAGGAGGCCGAGGGGGCUCUCGUGGAGGUGGUCCCAGGGGAGGUUCCAGAGACGACUACGAAGGAGGCUACAGAGGAGAUGACGACUUCGGGCGGGGUCGAGGAGGCAGCCGCGGCGGUGACAGAAGGGGAGGCGGUGGAGGAGCAGGCAUGGGGGGACGCUUCAGGGACGGCGGACCACCGCCACCACGCACCGGAGCGGAAGACUUCCGAGAACCCUCUGACGAGGAGAGGGCACAGAGACCACGGCUUCAGCUGAAGCCACGCACGGUGGCUGCCCCUCUGAACCAAGUCGCCAACCCAAACUCUGCCAUAUUUGGCGGAGCCAAGCCCAGGGAGGAGCUUGAAAAAGAGGCAGAAAAGGAAUAGAUAUAUCCACGUGGCUGCAUUAUUCUGGAAGUCUACUCUGGAUCUACUGGCUUUGUUUACCAAAAAUCUUUCAAAGACUUCUCCCAAAGAAAGCUCGCUGGGGAGUCAGGCGCUGGGUUCCUCUUUCUGCUCUCUAACACAAAGCAGGCCUUCAUCUAAUUGGUAAAAGAUCAGUUGGACCCAAGGCUGCUGUGAGGGGCAGGGGCCAGGCCUAUGUCAACCUGACCCGUACCCCACACACACAUCAAAAGGAACUCUGGACAGUGGCUUCAGUUUGGUUCUGUUGCCUUUGGGUAAGGACUUUACUGUGUAAUUUUCUCUUACCUUUCCCAAGGCAUCCUUUGUGUUCACCAAAUGAUUUGCAGUUUUAGACAUACAGCAGUCGAAAGGGCUGUUCCUUUGGUGUCUUUCAUCCAUUUUCCUCCUAAAUUUCUGCUCUAUUUGUGAAAUGAUUAUCAUUUCAGCUUCAAAUUUCCACUGUCUUAAAUAUUAAAUGAUAACAUUGCCAAGAGAACUGAAUCCUUAUUGUUGUCUCAAUGUGUAAUUCUGGAACCUGAUUUUGAAAGAUUUUUGAUCUUAGUCUGUUCAAUCCAGGCAAAAUGGCUUCCUGCAAUAAUGGAGCGAUGCCGAAAGUGUUUGUUUCGAGGAGCGGCUGAAGCGCUCGCUAGAUUAAAUCAGAAACGUGGGUUAUUGCAACGGUCUUUGUCUGACAACUUUCUACUUCCACAGCUUGAUAGAUAUGUGCAUUUUAUCAACAACAAAAAUGUAUCACCUAAACACUGCAAAAUGUACAACUUUAACAUAGGAAACUUAACUGAAAAAAAAAAAAAGGGGAAAAAAUCAGCUGCUCUCAUUUGUCCCAUGGAGACUGGCUAAAUCUAGUCUGCCUACCAGUAGAUGGUGUAGGAUGCUUUUGAGAAUUUGUUGCGCUACCAUUUUUAUUUACAUUUUACUGGUUAUGGAAUUUAGUAAGUGAUACCUUGUUCUUACUGUACUAUAGAAAGAUCUGCUGUUUUUAUUCAUUUUUUUUUGUUCAUUUUCCUACACUGUUUAUGGCAAUAAAAUGUAUAAUCUUACAAAUUGA